ACGAAAUCGAAAACCCUGAUAAGCUUCCUCGCUUGGGAAGCCUUCCUUUCGUCUUUUUAGUCUUGUGGAAAAGUUUCGUGAUUUAUCGCCUUGGGGAUUCAUCAUGGCCAAGAGUGCUUUCAAGCUUCAAAAUCCAUUGGAAAAAAGGCUGGCGGAAUCUGCUCGCAUCAGAGAGAAGUAUCCCGAUAGAAUCCCUGUGAUUGUGGAGAGAGCUGACAGAAGUGAUAUUGCAGACGUUGAUAAGAAGAAAUACCUUGUUCCGGGUGACUUGUCUGUCGGUCAGUUUGUUUAUGUUAUACGUAAGAGGAUUAAACUCAGUGCAGAGAAGGCUAUAUUUGUUUUCAUCAAUAACACUCUACCUCCGACUGCUGCAUUGAUGUCUGCUACUUAUGAGGAACAUAAGGAUGAAGAUGGCUUUCUUUACAUGACUUACAGUGGAGAGAACACCUUCGGAUCCCAUUAGGCCCAACUUAUGAUGACCUCUGUGAAUAGCAUUUGCUAGUUGUUAAUACUUCUCUUUUUAACAUUUUAUCCUAUAUUAUUCUGCAUUUUGACCAUAUCCUAAACUGUGGUAUUUUAUAUUGAUGAUCAAUUAUUAGGUGCGGUUUAUUUAUACCCAUUUCACUAUAUUAUCAUCAUUAUUGUGACAUGGUGUUCUCUUGCUUUCAAUUGUAAAAUAAGCUCUACUUUGAUAUGCUUAUAGCUGAAAGUUGAGUAUAGGUUAAUUGAUCUGUGUUUUCUCGUCUGCA